AUGGAUGGUGUUCAGAUUACUUUGUUGACCCUUUUAUUAGGGUUGUUAAUAACAUUGGGUGUUUCAUACUUCCAAUCGACCACUUUCGGUAAGAUAGGUGUAAAGUCUAAGCAUAAUAGACCAACAUUUAUGAUCUUGGGGCCAAACAAUGCUGGAAAGACAGCCCUCUAUUUCCGAUUAGUGAAUAAGCUUGAUGAUGAAGAUAGUGGUAGUGGUAGCAGCAAGAUAUCGCCUACAGUCUCAUCUAUUGAGCCAAACUUUGGUGAGGUAAACUUACCGUUUUCUAGUCCCUCCAUUGGGAAGCCAUUUCAAUUGAUUGAUUUCCCUGGUCAUUUAAAAUACUCUCAGUUACUUUCCAAGUUAAUGCUCGAAGAAGUCACUUUACGUAAGAUAAAGGGUGUGGUAUACGUUAUCGAUUCUAGCAGCGAACUUGUGGAAAUUGCAAAGAACCUUUUCAAACUCUUCCCAUUAACAGAGAGAUUAACCAAUGGUAUCGACUUCCUAUUUGCUGUUAACAAGAAUGACCUUUUUAACAGUAGACCGGUUUUCAAGAUUCAAGAAAUUUUGGAACUGGAGAUCUCAAAGUUGAUAAAGCAAGAACUCAGCGAAAAGAGUAGAGUUGGCGGAUCGGGAAUCGAUCAAGGCGACGAUGACGAUGAUGUAGAAGAAGGUGUGGCAAGUUUCGGUGACACUAGAGACUUUUGGUCUUCUGUGGUAUCAUCCAAGCAAGAGUUCAAAUUUGAAAUGUUGGAAGGUAACAUGGACUUUUACAGUGGGUCUGUACUUAAGAAUAAGAUUAGCCCUUGGGAGAAUUGGUUUGAUGAGAAGGUUGUUAAUACUACUUGA